AUGGAGAAAGCUUAUUUCCUCUUCCUUGUAGCCAUGGUCGCAAGCCUAGCCACAGCAUCCUCAAGUACCACUAACGUUGUUGCCCUUAACAACACCAGUGAUCAUGAUCUAGACGCUCUUCUUGCCUUCAAGGCUGCCAUUUCCGACCCCCAAAACAUCCUUCAAAUCAAUUGGUCCACUUCUACCUCUGUUUGUAACUGGAUAGGAAUCACUUGUAACAGACGCCAUCGAAGAGUCGCGGCCAUACAACUUCCCAAAAUGGGCUUAGUUGGAACCAUACCUCCACAGUUGGGGAAUCUCUCCUUCUUAGUCUGGCUGGAUCUUGAAAACAAUAGCUUCCAUGGAAAUCUUCCAACUCAGAUGGUUCAUUUGCGUCGACUCAAGCACAUCAACUUGGCAUUCAAUAGCUUUGAUGGUGAAUUUCCAUCAUGGUUGGGAGCUUUAUCUCGACUUCGUUAUCUUUCGUUCCGUAAUAACAUAAUUUCAGGUUCAUUGCCAACAACGCUCUCUAAUGCAACGAUGUUAGAGACCAUCAGGUUAGGUACGAACCUCAUAACUGGAAAUCUGCCUCAAGACUGGAGCGCUUUACAGAACUUGGAGUUCCUUGACAUGGGAAAUAAUCAACUUGAAGGCCCUUUGCCUCGGUCUUUAUUCAACCUCUCGUCAUUGCAAAUCUUUAGUUUUACGAAUAAUACAUUAUCCGGUUACCUUCCGGCACGUAUCUGCGAUCAUCUGCCACAACUCAAAGGGCUUUAUUUGUCAAAUAACGAGUUUAGCGGCGCAGUCCCUGCUGGCAUUGGAGGUUGUCCGAGGCUUCAAAUCUUGUCCUUGUCAUACAAUAAUCUGGCAGGAAAUAUACCAAAAGAAAUUUCAAAUCUAACCAUGCUUAGGGUGGUGUUUCUAGCUCCAAACGAUGUUCAAGGCCUAAUCCCUGCAGAUAUUGGCAAUCUUACUAAUUUGGAGCAGCUGGGCAUAGAGGUGGCUAAUCUGACAGAACACUUCUAUACUAAGAAGUAUCUCUCUUCAAAGUCCAAAAUGAAGGGUCUUGGAGAGGGGGUAACUAUCUUGGGUAUUAAAGUUAAGAUAAAUAGUGGAGGUUAUUGUUUGUAUCAGUAUCAUUAUAUUGACAAGAUAUUGGACAAGCUUCAACAUCUAAAGGUUAAAGAAAUAAGUACCCUCUUUGAUCCUAACUUGAAAUUAUGGGAACAUUCUCACAAUCCAAUUGAUCAAGUUGAAUAUUCAAGUGCAAUUGGAAGUUUGAUUUAUUCAAUGCAUUGUAGAAAACUGGAUAUUCCAUAUGCAGUUAGUAGACUUGCAAGAUACACCAAGAAUUUGAAUAUGAACCAUUGGAAGUCCACUAACAGAAUUCUUGGUUAUCUUAAAAGGACUAAGAGUUUAGAGGUCUUUUAUAAUAAAUUUUCAAUGGUACUUGAAGGUUACUCUAAUGCUGAAAUUCCAGAGCACGAGAUCAAGGUUAAGGAAUGUAUCUAUGAGCCUAAGAUUGAGGAGGAAGACUAUGUCCACGAUCCUAAUGAAGAAGAUGAAGAAGUUGAAUUUCUUCCAUGCUUGCCCACUGUAGAAUCUGAGGUAGAUCCAAAUUCUUCAACUCUGGCGCUUAAUGGUUUGGCAUAA